AUGAUUGCUUCAUUCUCAACUAUGAUGUGUUAGAUUUCAGUAUUGUUUCAUGAUUCCUGUCUUGCAGAUCAUUUGAUUAACGAUCAAAAAGUUGGCUCUCACUCAGUUGCAUUAUUUAUGUUUGGGCCAUCAAAGAUAUUUAACUUAGGAGAUAACCUAACUCUCUCAGUCAUAGGAGUUGGAAUCCUUGGUUGCACUCUCGCUAUGAAUUGUCCAACCCUAAUUCCAGAAAUCAUUUACUUAGAAUUUAAUCAUAGAUUAGAUUAAGUAAAAAGAAGGGAUUUAAGAUAUGCAACUUAUGGUCUCGGUGCUGUGUUCGCCCCUAUCGUCGGUGGAUUUUUAUAUUAGUUUGUUGGAUUUCAAUACGCCUGUGAUAUUCUUGGGUGUAUUUCAUUUUCUUAUGGCACAUUCUAUUUAUUCAUAAGAAUAAUCCCAGAAUUAAAAUAAUCAAAACAAGAUGGAGCAAGAGAAUAAUAAUUAAAACAGAAAAAUUUUGAAGUCUAAAAAAUUAAACCAUCUUGGAAUGAAUUAGGAUAAACUAAUAUCAAUAUUGAAUUGAUAAUUAAAAGCAGAAGCAAUAGUGAUGUACCAACUAUUGCUGACGACUAAAAUUUCUCUCUAUCAAACUUGCUAAGUUGA